AAAAACACACAUUCGUUGGAUAAUGACUCCUCACAAGUUGUGAUUGCACAAUAAGCCCUAGCAUCUCUCUAUAUAAAGGCAGCUGACUUGUGGUGAGUACAACAGAAUUCAGCAGACCAGUUGACUUCUUCCUGCUGAACAUUCACCGUCAGCAGACACUUACCCACAAUGGCCUACAUCUCACAACUUGAUGUGUCGCUUAAUGAAGCUGAGAUGAACCAGCUCAAAUCACAAGGCUUCAAGAAAAUCGAUGUUAAUCUGAACCAAGGAGCAGGAGGAAAUGACAUCUAUCUUUGGUACAAAAAUGGGUCAGUACCAAUCACUAAGCUUCAAGCUACAUACAGCCAUGAAAUGGCUGCUGGAUUUGACAAAGCAGGGUACAAAAAGAUCCCUAAAGAUCUCAAUGCUGGAGAAGUAGGUGACUCCAUCUACCUUUGGUACUUCAGCGGGUCCGGAGAGUAUGAUACUCCUAUAGUAGAGAUUGAUGUCAGUACAGAUGCUGAGAGAGAAGCCCUGAAGUUCAGCACAGGCUGGGAGACUCUGGCCUGUGAUCUAAACCGCAACGCUGGAGGGAAAUGGAUCUAUGUCUGGGUGAAGAGAGAGAAACAAACCUUCAUCUGUGAUGUCAGUGCCACUAAUAACUUCAGCUCAAACGAUGACUACUUAACGGCAGGUUACAUCCGUUUGGAUGAAGAUACUAACAGAGGUGCAGUAGGAUGCUAUGUCUUCAUCUGGUACCGCCAGACCCCCGACCCCAGGCGUGCGCUCACUGAUCUGCAAAUCUCCACCAAUGAUAAAGAGUAUCAGUCCUUUAAGCAGCAAGGUUACACUCGAGUGGUUGUUAACCUCAACAAGGGGACCGGAGGUAACAAGGUGUACCUGUGGUACAAGAAGGGAGACAAGCCAAUUAAGACAACCACCCUGCUUAUCAACCCAGCUGCUGUUCCAAUGUAUAAGAAGGCUGGUGCCACUGUUAUAGAAAAAAAUCUCAACACAGGCACUAAAGGCCAAAUUAAGUACCUGUGUUUCCAUCAGUGAAAGGCUGAGAAAUCCUUCUUCAUUGAAGCAGAGCUGAGCAUUCCCAACACUCACUGAAGUGGAAAGCAAAGAUCAUAAAUGUUGUUAAAUCAUUCUGGUGAUGGGCUCUUUCUUCUGCUUUUCUUCAAUAUAGAAAACAUUGUGAUUAAUUAUGUUACAGUAACACAACUGGUAAUAUCAGAAAGUAAUAAUGGUAAAUGUCUCAUACUCUUAGACUGUUAAUAUGACUAAUGUUUCCAGUCUGUGUUCUACUGUUAAACUUGCUGUUAAUAAUGAUGUUAGUGAUUGAGUAUUAAAGCUUUGUAUCACUUUAUUCUGAACAUUUCCUGUUUUUCAAUAAAGACAA